AUGGUGCGGUCGCUCGACCCUCCGCCCGACGCAAGCAACAGCCGCUGCACGGGACACCACGCCAACGCCUUCACCGCGGCGCGGUGGGUGUUUUUGCGGAAGAGCGCGCCGCACCCAAUGCCCGACCCAUUACCCACGCUUCCAGAGCAUCCGCAGCCGCUGCCAGAGCAUGUUGCGCCCGUAGUCGAGUUGGUGCUUCGCGCGUCCCAAAUGGCCACCACGUUGUCGUUGCCGCCGCUGGCGAAAACGUGCCCGUCCGAGCGGUACUCGAGGCCGCACACCUCGGCCGCGUGCGCAUGGCGCACGCCCACCAAAUGGCGCGCCACGCGCACGUCGCUGUUGCUGAUGCGGCCGUCUUUGGCGCCCGUCGUGAGCAUGUGCAGCAGCCACGCCUGGGCGGCCACACGCGCGCCCGCGCCCACUGCGAGGGUCCGGAGCCGCGCGUUGGUCUCGAUGUCCCAGAUUUCCACGCCGCCGUCGUCUCGCCCGACAGAAAUGUACGACCCGUCGUCCAGCCACCGCAAAGAUGUCACGGUGGAUCCUUCGAGUUCGCACAAAAGACCCACGGCGCCAGUGGAGGCGUUCCAUACGUACACGGCGUCAGCAAGACCCACGGCAAUAAGGUUGGUGGCAGACCAUGCUACAAGGUUGAGGUAG